UCCAACAAAGAGAAAAACAAAACUACAUUUCCAUCGAAGAAAAUCAGUUUUUAUGAUGUAUGGCUAUGAGAAGCAUCAAAUGAGAAUGUUCAGAGAAACUAAAACGAUCAUGGAAUGGUAUGAUCAACAGAGAAGAAAAGAGAAAAGUAAAAAUGGAAGAAGAAGAAGAAAAGAAACGAUGAAGAAACGAUGGUGAUUCGACUCAACAAAGUCAUUUAUUGAUAACGUGUGAUUUGACUCUAUAUAUAUAAAAUAGUUUAAGCGGGACUUCUGAGGUAUUCACAUUUAAGGCGUCAAGACAUUAAUUCAAAACUCUGUUUUCCGGUGGCUCUAAGAAAGUUCAAAUCCGUACCAUCUUCUCAUUCGCCGAUCUCUUGUUCUGCCGUCACCACGACCUCAUCGGCGCAAUUCACCUACGGUCUUGCUGGCGGCGUUGUUUGAAUGCUGUCUAUGGGGCUUUUGUCUUCUCUCUGCCUCUGCUUGCAGAAAAAACUUAAACCUGCUAAUUCUGCUGGUGCCGACGAAGCGGAUGAUGAAGAUGUGUCCACUGACAUCUUCUUUGAACUGAAUACUUUGCAAAUUGCUACUAAUUUCUUUUCUGAGGUGAAUAAGCUCGGCAAUGGAGGGUUUGGGCCCGUCUACAAGGGUUUGAUGCCAAAUGGCCAACAAGUAGCAGUCAAGAAGCUGUCGAUAGAUUCAAGACAAGGAGUGAAGCAAUUUAGUAAUGAAGUGAAACUUCUACUGAGAAUUCAGCACAGAAAUUUGGUCAUUUUAUUGGGCUGUUGUGUGGAAGGACCUGAAAAGAUGCUUGUAUAUGAAUACCUGCCAAACAGAAGUCUUGAUUACUUUAUUUUUGAUAAAAAGAAGUCUCCAUCCCUGGAUUGGACAACACGGUUCCAUAUAAUUACAGGUAUUGUGAGAGGUCUUCUCUACUUGCAUGAAGAGGCUCCUUCAAGAAUUAUACAUAGGGAUAUCAAAGCUAGUAACAUAUUAUUAGAUGAGAAAUUGAAUCCGAAAAUCUCAGAUUUUGGACUAGCACGACUUUUUCCUGGAGAAGAUACACACUUGAAUACAUUUAAGAUCGCUGGUACUCAUGGCUAUAUGGCUCCCGAGUACGCAAUUCAUGGAUAUUUAUCUGUAAAGAGUGACAUAUUCAGUUUUGGCAUCUUGGUGUUGGAGAUUGUUAGUGGAAGAAAAAAUCAUGACAUUCGACUUGGCGCACAACAAGUCGACCUCUUGGGAUACGCAUGGUUGCUUUACCAAGAAGGAAGGGUUUUAGAAUUAGUGGAUCAAAGCCUCACAAAAUACAAUGUAGAUGAGGCAGCUAUGUGCAUACAGUUGGGCUUGUUAUGUUGUCAAGCAAAGGUUUCAGAUAGGCCUGAUAUGAGUACCACUCAUCUCAUGCUUUCUAGUGAUUCAUUCACGUUGCCACGACCUGGAAAGCCUGGAAUUCAUGGUCGAGCACCACGUCAUCGAACAACUACCUCUACUUUGGCUUUCACCAAGACGAAUACUAGUACACAUAGUGGGGUUACCAAAGCUUCUACUAGUAAUAGUUUGAUGGAAGAUUAUUCAAGGAAUUCCAUGUCCGUUUCUUCUUUUGAUGAAGGCAGGUGAUACUAGAAAUUUGAUAUUGCUUUAGGUUACUUCAAUUCUUUUCAUUCUAAAUAAAUAAUGAAGGAUACAUCCAAUUUUCUCUCUUCUUUUUUAAUGGAUUUAAUCUUAGUUCGCUACUAAUAACAAAUAAAAAUUGUUGAUUGUUU